CUCGGACUUCGUCCAGCUCCACCUGCGGGCCGGCGCGCAGGCCAUGGGCCGCCUCAGGCCGAGGGACCGCCGGGCUGAGCCCUGCUGAGCCCGCCGGGCCGGCCAUGGGCGACCGCGAGCGCAACAAGAAGCGGCUACUGGAGCUGCUGCAGGCGGCAGGCACCGGCAACGCGCACUGCGCGGACUGCGGGGCGGCGGAUCCCGACUGGGCCUCUUACAAGCUGGGCAUCUUCAUCUGUCUGAAUUGCUCCGGAGUCCACCGCAACUUCCCAGACAUCAGCAAAGUGAAAUCCGUGAGACUUGACUUCUGGGACGACAGUAUUGUGGAGUUUAUGACUCGCAAUGGGAACCUCCGAGUGAAGGCCAAGUAUGAAGCCAGAGUCCCUGCUUUCUACUAUGUCCCCCAGGCCAAUGACUGCUUGGUCUUAAAGGAACAAUGGAUUCGAGCUAAGUAUGAGAGACAGGAAUUUAUGGCUGAUGGGAAAAUCAUCUCGCCCCCAGGUAACCGAGAAGGGUUCCUGUGGAAGCGGGGCAGGGACAACGCACAGUUCCUGCGAAGGAGGUUUGUCCUCCUGGCAAGAGAAGGCCUCCUGAAGUACUAUACUAAAGAAGAGGGUAAAGACCCCAAAGCUGUCAUCAGCAUCAAGGACUUGAAUGCCACCUUUCAGACGGAGAAGAUAGGGAACCCCCACGGGCUGCAGAUCACCUACCGGCGAGAAGGCCACGUCAGGAAUCUAUUUGUGUAUCACGAAAGUGGGAAGGAGAUAGUGGACUGGUUCAAUGCCCUCCGUGCAGCCCGGCUUCAGUACCUAAAAAUGGCCUUUCCUGAGCUCCCAGAGUCUGAGAUCUUCCAUUCCUAUUCCCAGACUCGCAUCCCCUUUGCCCCUGCCCUGAGUCCUGGCUGGAGAACCCCUCUGUGGCCCCAAGCCCAGGCUGUUUCACUUGAAGCUCUUCACUUGCCAGUUAGACACCCCUGGAGCACAGAAGGCCAGCAUCAACCCCUGGAAGCAUCUCUGAGCAUAAGCUCGUGCCCCUCAUCACCAGGAACUACCUCAAACAAGGCUUCAUGGAAAAGACGGGUCCAAAGCAGAGAGAACCUUUCAAGAAAAGGUGGUUUGCCCUGGACCCCCAGGAGCGGAGGCUGCUCUAUUACAAGAACCCACUGGACGCCUUUGAGCAGGGCCAGGUAUUUCUCGGGAGCAGCGAGCAGGGGUACCAGGUGUACGAAGACCUGCCCAAGGGCGUCCGGGGCAAUCGCUGGAAAGCCGGCCUCACCAUGGUCACCCCCCAGCGCAGGUUCAUCUUCACCUGCCCCAGCGAGAAGGAGCAGCGCGAAUGGCUGGAGAGUUUUCGGGACGUCCUCUCCCGGCCCCUGACGCCCCUCAACCUCCUCCCUGCAUCAACAGAGAGUGGCUGCAGCAGGUGACCCACUGGCCACCCAGUGUACCCGGUGGGAAGGAGUUCUCCCCUCGGCUCUGGGUGCCCAUAGGAGCGCCCCACAGUUGGCAGCUGUCAUGGGCAGUGAACUCUACCAAGACCAGAGCUUUGGCCUUUAUCUGCCAGCUCCUUGGGCCUCCCCACUGCCCAGCUCUGGGAACCUGGUAAAUGUCCUCAAGGCCCAGGACAUCUCAAAUGAAGGCAUUGCCAUAGAAAGAACCACAGCAUCAGACAAGUGGCAUUCUUGCUGGAAAAAAAACAGCAAAAAAAGUUUACUCUGAAUCUAACCAUGAACAGAGUUCCUGUUAUGGCUCAGUGGUUAAGAACCCGACGUAGUGUCUGUGAGGAUGUGGAUUCGAUCCCUGGCCUCGCUCAGUGUGUUAAGCAUCCAGUGUUGCCACACCCAGCAGUGCAGGUUGCAGCUGCGGCUUGCAUCCAGUGUUUUGACUAUGGUGUGGGACUUGGCUGCAGCUCCAAUUCACCCCCUAGCCCUGGAACUUCCAUAUGUCGCAGGUGUGACUGUAAAAAGAAAAGGGGAAGAAAAAAAAAAAGAAUCUAACCAUGAGGAAAGAAUCAGACAAAUCCACAGUAGAGAAAUUCUACAGAACAGCUGGCCGAACUCUUCAAGAAUGUCAGUAUCGCGAAAGAUCAAGUACUCUGGAAACUGCUCUAGGUUAGGGGAGACUAAAGAGACAUGGCAACAAA